CAUGUCAAUCACCGGUUCUCAUGUGAUGGCUCUUGCCAGUGACGUGCCAACCAUAUGGCCUGGCAUCAUAGCUGGUAUGCAACCCUGCCUGGUAGCGAGGCCACACUGUCUCUGAGUGUGCGAGUGGAUAGAGCACUGAAAGAAGCCUGCCGCAACUAUUCUGUUGGAGCGCUUGCUCGCAGUACCCGAAGAUGAUCUGAACUCAGGCGCAUUCCACCCUUUAAGAGCUCCAGCGAAGAGCCGCAAUGUUGACAAGACUGUUCAGUGACCCUUCACUGCUCCCCGACGUGCAGAAAUAUUCGGGCUGGGCGGAUGACAGCGAGAGCGAGGACUCGAAAAAUAAAGACGAUGACCAGGAUCACUGCCGCCUGGUUGAUGACGAUUUAGGCGACAGUGACCUGAGAGGCAGCCGGACACACUCCGAAAUGGCAGGUGACGACGAAGAUGAUGACGAGGUGGAUGAAGAAGACACGGAGGACGAUGCAGAGGGAAAUAGACCGAAAAGGCGAGGACCUAAGAAGCGUAAAAUGACCCAGGCGCGUGUCGAGCGUUCCAAGGUUCGUCGUCAUAAGGCAAACGCACGGGAAAGAACGCGCAUGCAUGACCUGAACUCUGCGCUAGACAACCUGCGUAAAGUUGUGCCCUGCUACUCCAAAACGCAAAAGUUGUCUAAAAUUGAGACUCUCCGGUUGGCCAAGAACUACAUUUGGGCCCUGUCUGAGAUACUACGUUCUGGGAAAAGACCUGACCUUGUCGCCUACGUCCAGACACUGUGUAAAGGACUGUCCCAACCCACAACCAACCUGGUAGCAGGGUGUCUACAGCUCAACUCCCGAAACUUCUUGACUGAGCAGUGUCCGGAAGGAGGACGCUAUCACGGGUCCAACAACUUUUCCAUGCAUUCAUAUCCAUACCAGUGCGCGCGUCUGUCCAGCCCACAGUGUCAGUCUGGCACGAACUCCAAUCCUUUACGAACUCACGGGUUUUGCUCAGCUUACGACUCGCUGUAUGGUGGGGGUGGAUCUCCCGAAUACAACAGUCCUGAAUAUGAGGGACCACUCAGCCCACCUGUGUGUGUCAAUGGCAACUUUUCUCUGAAACAUCAAGGCUCUACUUCAGCCGACGCAGAGAAAGGCUAUCACUAUUCUAUGCAUUACUCUGUCCCCCCCAGCACUCGCCCUACAGCUGCCCACAAUCUGGUGUUCGGUUCUUCAGAGGUGCGUGGCAGCAUCCACUCUGAAAACGUUCUGCCUUACCAUGACAUGCACUUACACCACGAACGGGCCCCCGUUUACGACGAACUGAAUGCGUUUUUCCACAACUAAACCCCAGUGCGUCCUCUUACAAUCAUCGAGCACACUUGACAGGGUGCCACGUCACCCAUGUAUUUACUGCCCCAUCCUGCACUCAUUCUAGCAAGGAUUAACACCAGGAACAAAAUAUGGGGAAGAAGUCAUUAUUGACACGUUUGUCCGUUGUAUGUUGUAUUUCUUGUGUCAGAUUACACAGGCCUACUGCAUUUGAGAGACAUCUAGACUGAAUGCAAGCACAGACACACGUACCUAAUGUAUAGUAUUGUCACGAGAAUAUUAUAGUAAUUUAAACAAUUGUGAAAACAUUUUUUUUUUAUUUGAAUACACAAAACGCAACACAACACUGAUUGGAGAAACACUUGAUGCUCUUCAAGGGACAGCCUAAGUAUAUUUUCUAAUUGUUAACCAAUUGUUUACAGCUAUGCAAUAACUUGACAUAAAAAUGUUAGGACCCAGGUGUAAAACGAAUUUAUCUCUGUGGGGUUCGAAAUGUUAAUGCUUUCUCCGUUAUUACUAAUAUGUCUCUGUAUGAUCAUUGUCAUGUGAUGGACAAAAUAUGGAAAAUGAAUGGAAAUGAUUCCAUUCCAACCUGCAUCUACAGGUUUAAUAUUUGCAAAUCACACACAUACACACACGCGCACACACAGACAGACAUACACACACACACUUUGUAAGAAGAGGGUACACGACCUAAUGUAGGCCUAUUUCUUUGACGUUUGACAUCA